UGUUGCCGGGGCAGUGACCGCGCUCGGCAGCCCCGCGGUUACCGAGUGUGCCCCGUGCAGCACCGCCGCUGCUCUGGGCUGGGACGUGCCGUGCCUGGCCUUCCCCGGGCUCCUGCCCUGUACAGCUGGGUCAGUGUGCCAAAGACAGCGCCAUGGGAACGUCCAGUCGCCGGUGUCACGUUUUUAUUGUGGACACAGGAGCUGAGGGAGGUCUGGCUGGACAAGCCUGACCCUGUGCUCUGACUCCCAGGGAGAGCUCUGUCGUUUGAAGGAUCAAAUCGCAAACAGCUGCUCUUUGAACUGGGUUUCGGUUCAGCUCUUUGUGCUUGUAUACAACAUUUCAGUGUAUACAUUAUUGUGCCUCUUGCUCUUCACACAAUGUUGCAGGUGCUGUGGGUGUGUGGUGCUGCUGAAACCAAGCCCAAGGAUGGCUCAGUGCCCCGUGUGCCCCUCACGAUGUGCUGGAGUGGCAUUUGGGCAGCACUGAUCUAACACAGAAAGACAGGAGCGAGCCUGGCCUUGGAGCUCUGCUCUCUUUUAUUUCCCUCUCUUGGAAUCUCUGUCAGGAAGAGUGGGAAGCCCUGGACCAGUCAUUUUGUAGAGCUCUUUUGGCCCUGUCAGCACUGUUAUUCCAAAUAUCAGCAUAUUCCUCUGUCUGUGUGUCUACUGAAACAUCAGUUAAUCACCAGAGAACUCUGUUGAUUUUUUUUUUUGUCCUUGAGUAAAUGAUGUCCUUGAUUGGUGUGUGCUUGAAUUUCUGCUGGUGAAUUCAGUUUUCCAAAAUUUUUGGGAAUUUAGAAGUGAUCAGGCAAGAGUCAGUCCAGUUGGCCAGGCCAGUGAGCUCAGUGUCACUUUCUUGGGAGGAAACCAUUCACAGCAGGUGCAUUGACUCUUACUGCUGCUCUUUGUUUGAAAGAGUGUUGGAAUUCCUGGAGCAGAGCCCGGCAGAGGCACAAACAGGUACCUGUGAUGCUGUCCUGGUCCCGAGUGCCAUCACUCAUGGGCAGCUUUCACCUGCAGCAGGUCUGUCACUCCAACAGCCACGGGAUGUAUCCCUGUUGUUUUGGAGAUGGAUUGGAUCAGCGUGCUGGGAGCCUGUGCCCAAUCUAAUAAUAGUCUCUGCCAUGUUCAUGUCAACCAAGUGGAAAAGGUAACCAGAAGAAAUCCUACAGCUGACUGAUUGGUGGUUCCAGCAGAGAGGUGGAGGUUAAAGAUGUCAAAAAUUACCACAGAACUUCUUUUGGAAAGAGCAGUUCCAAGAUCCACGAGGCUCCGAAAGAUCGAGACGCUCAACCUGUCCAAGCUGCAGCUGAAGACUGGAGAUUUAGACCCGCGCUUGUUUUCCCGCCUCAGGCACCUGCAGAAACUUGAUCUCUCUGAUAAUUUACUGGACAAAUUUCCCAACAGCCUAACCCUCCCUGAUCUGCGUGUCCUGAACUGCAACAAUAACAAGCUGGAAGAUGUAACUGCUCUGAAACAGUUCCCUCUGCUCGAGGAGCUGACCUAUGAGAACAAUGUGUACUUGACACUCAAUGAUGACUAUAAAGUAAUGUUUCUUUUGCAAAAUCUUCGUCUGCUCAAUGGCAAGGACAUAACCAAACUGGCCAACCAUGUGAGACGUGCCAACAGCCAUAAACUCACCAGCAAGGUUACUGCUCACUGGAAAAAAUUCUUCCGUGACCAACUCCCUGAGAAAUACACAGCUGAGCAGGUGAAGUCCAUCAAGAAAAAGUUCCUGAAGUCAGUGCAGACCAAUGUGGUGUAUGGGCCCAGCUCACUCAGCGAGUUCACCCGCUGGCGGGUGAAAAUGAUUGCAGAAGAGUUUCUGGCAAACUCACUAGGUCUGGAGUUAAACUCUGAUAGUGAACCAGAGGAAAAGAUGGAUGAGAAUGAGGAAGAAAGCACAGAAAGCCCCAGGGAAGCUGCAAAAAGCCCCAGGGAAGCUGCAGAAGACGUGGCUCAGGUCACAGUAACACCCAGCAAGAGGAAAAGAAAUCAUUCAAAAUCAAGCCCUGGAAAUAAGAGGUCCAAGACCCAGGCAAACACAGAGGAGAAGGCUGCAGAUAAUGCCAGAAAAUCCAGUCAUGUGGAGGAUGACCCAGCUCCUGAUAAACCAAGAACAUCAAACCAACCAGCCAAGGAGGCAACCCCUGAGCAGGAAGCUGAAGGGACACAGAAGAAUGGAGAGCAGCUUCCCAAGGGACAAAGCAACAGAAGAUCCAGCCAGAUGACAGGGGAGCAGAAAAGCCAGGAGCAGGACAACAGUGUGGUUAUCUUGACCCCCGUGAAGAAUUCCAAGCGCAAGGAGGAUGUCAGUGCAGAGCCAUUGCAUUUUCUUCAGUGUCACAGUAAAGGCAACAGCCGCGAGGAUUUUAAAACGCAGCUCUGGUCCUGUGUCUUCGAGCCAGUGCUAGACUCUGGAGCCAGGAAAGAUCCCAUUGUGAGCUCCUCCAGAACCGUGGCAACCUGUGGAGGGGAAUCUGUCUGUCUGAUUGAUUGUGAGACAGGGACAGUGCUGAAAAAGUAUAAAGUGGCUACAGAGGAGUUCUUCAGCGUGGCAUGGACAACCCUCACAAUGGUGAUCAGCGACAGCCGCAAGAAAGCUCACAACAUCCUGGCAGCUGCAGGGAGGAGAGGGAUUGUCAAACUGAUCCACGUGGCAGCCGACUUCUGCUACGGAGAGAUAAAGGCUCACAAAAAACCCAUUGCUACUGUCUGCUUCAGCCCAACCCAGGAGACCCACCUCUUCACUGCAUCCUAUGACAAGCGAAUUGCACUCUGGGAUAUUGGGAUUCCAGACUGCGACUACAAUUUCAAAGCAAGCCAGCUGCUGGUGCUGGAAACAGCCUCCAUCCCCCUACGGAUUGCCCUGGUCCCCACCUGCCCAGAGCAGUACCUGCUGGCAGGCUGUGAAAAUGGCUGUUUUGCCUGGAACAUAAAACUGGAUAAGGGACAAAAAAGCAGGCCUUUUGAAGCCAUAUUCCAGUUUCCUGGUGAGGAAAGCAUGACAACAUCUCACAGGGUUGAUGGUUUGGCUUUUCUCAAUGAUGAUGUCGUUGUUUCCAAGAGCUCCAAACCAGGAUGCAUAUACUUGUGGAGCUGGAGCAAGUCUUUUGAUGCCAAGGGCAAAGGAUGCCAGCGGACAAUGUCUGCAGUUGUUCUGGCUGAGCUGGAGUGGUCCACAACAGACAUGUCCUACCUGACACUCAGCACCUGUCCAGCAAAAGAAUACGUGUUCUGUGGGGAUGAGAAGGGCAGUGUGUGGAUGUACAACCUCUCCAACUACACCACGGCCUGGGGCUCUCCGAAGGGGAAGCGCUCGGAGCGGAGGAUCUCUCCCACACAGAUCCUCCAGUGGCCGGAGCUGCGGGUGAACGGGGAGCAGCCCCCCGAGGUCCUGGUGAACAACGUGGUGGCAGACCCUGCCUUCACCUACCUGGUGGUGCUGACCAGUGUCAACAUAACAGCCAUCUGGAAGAAAUCCUAGUCCCCGUGCCACAGCUCCACCCUGCUUCCACCUAGUGCAGUAUUAGUGACUGUUCCCCAUGUGCCCAUGAACGUUUUCUAGAGCAGCUUUAUGUGCCAGAUGGAGAAAAAAUAAAACAAGGUAAGAGUUUGUUCAACUCAUCAGUUCAUUGUAAACAUCCGCUUUCUUUUACUGUAAGUUUUCACAAUUUGUGCAUUUGUUUUAUAGAAAUGACACCUAAUAAAACAAAGUACCAGUUCA